AUGGUGUUGAAGACUACUUAUCAAGACAAAGCUACUCAGACAGAGAACAAAAAUGAAGAUACAAUCGAAGAGCUACUCAAGCCAUUACUUCCCUUUACUAAUGAAGAUAACCUGAAGUCUAAAGCUAAUAUAAGUCAGCAACAUGACUAUAAAAAUGCGGAGCUACGUCGAUCGGAAGACGAUAAAAUUUCAGAGAUAAAAGGAGACGAUGGGAAACUCCCUAAAACCCAUAACGUUUAUUUAAAUACAGGUGCAAGAACAAGCAAGAAAGUUAGUGAGAAAUCACGAAAUACAAACUUAAACCAAUUAUUUAUAAAACCAUUUACCCAAAACACACAAAAACAUAUACCCACAGAACCGCAAACUUCCACAUACGCAGUUAGUAUACAGAGUGAUAAAAAAAGAUACAAUUAUAUCACACAAUCAUACACUGAAAAUAUAUAUAAGAUCCAAACCUAUUUAAAUCUCAACCCCAGAUCUAACCAAACCAAAGAUCCAAACCAAGACUAUAUAACCAAGAAAUUACAAGGAUACAAUAGACUUAUAGCACAACCAAAAACUAGUCCUAAUCUAGUCAAUGCAUGUUAUAGUUAUGGAUUACUAAGUACAACAUAUACAUACGACGGAGAAGAAAUUAGUGGAAUACCAGAGCUAUACAAAACAUUUAUUACAUAUAAAAGAGUUACAAAAGGAAACUUGUUUUAUAUUAAGUUUUAUACAGCACCAACAGAGAUAUUGUAUGAAGAAAUUAAGUCACCAAUUCAAGUUAUUAAGAUCGGAUUAACAAAAGAUAUGAUCAUACCAGAAGAUAUUGGACAUCAGAACGAAAUACCAAAGAUAGAAAUACCAAGUUUUUAUCCCAAUAAAAGAAUAAUUGGUAUAUCAACUAUCAUACAGGAAUUAGCAAACAAUUAUUUAAAUGGAAACGCUAUAUGGAGUUAUUACGCUAGAGAUCAAGUUAUGAUAUAUUCGAACUCGAGGGAGUUAAGAAGAGCAGAUAUGGAUGAAGUCCAGCGAUGGAUUUUGUCACUAUUAAAACCAGAAGAACAAUCUACGACAAGAGCAUUGAAAAAGGAAUUUAUUUCAGAAGAAUCAUUAAUCAGAUAUUGCAAACUUAUUGGACACAAAUAUCCAGAUCACAGAUGCUCCAAAUGCAACGGAGAAGAUAACGUUAUACCAGAUGUUGAUUUGGAAUGA